AUGGCCAAGGGAGAGAAUACCAAAAAGGCCGCCGGCAACGCCAAAAAGGCAGAAGUCGCUGCACAGAAGCAGGCAGUUGAGAACCAAAAGAAGGCCAAGGUCGAGGAGCAGGAAUGGUCAAAGGGCGCAAAGGACAGCUCUAAGGCUGCUGCCGCCGCCGACAAGAAAGCCGAAGCCGAACGCAAAAAGGCCGAAAAGGCUGCCCUCCUGGCCGAAGAAGACGCAGCUCUCCCCUCUAAGAAGACCGGAAAUGCAAAAACCGCCCAGAAGAAAUCGCGUGGUCUCGAUCUCUCCGGCCUGGACGGCCCGUCCUCUUUGUCCUCGCUCUCCGCAACCGGUAUCGACAAUGCCUUGGACGCCUUGUCCUUGACCACUGGCUCUUCCGACAAGAUUGAUCGUCACCCCGAACGUCGCUUCAAGGCCGCUUACACCCAAUACGAAGAACGUCGCUUGGAGGAGAUGAAGGAAGAGAAGGGUCUGCGUCGCCAGCAAAAGAUUGAGCAGAUUCGCAAGGAGUUUGAGAAGCAUCCUGAUAACCCCUUCAACCAGGCCAAUGCUACCUACAACAGUACGAGAGAGGACUUGCAGAACAUUCGCGAGGGCGAGCUGAACAAGAUCGAGAAGAGACUUGGUGGUCCUUAGAUGGUUUGAAGGGAGGGAGACACGAACGAGGAAGCGAGGCUGGCUAUCUUUUCUUUGCGGCAGAGAACUUGCCUUUUUAACGAUACCCUAUGCAUAACUUAGAUACAUGAGAAAGAUACAAAGGUGCUGAGAUAUGCGCCUGUUGCAUAAUCACACGACAUUCAAGAUUUGGGACUGAAGACUUGUUGCUAGCGGAAGAGUGGCACUGCGCUCAAGCAAAUGCUAAUCCUUUUAGCAUGGUGUAUUUGUUUCGAUGGAAAGCAGUUGCAUCAGUGAAGCUCGCGACGUUGCAUUGCAC